AUGAGCACGCUGGAACGGUAUGAAAAUCGAUUGCUGGACAAAGCGGUUAACGGUGGUGCAAGUUCUGAGAAAAAAGAUGACUUGAGCGAAGAUCAUAGCGAUAGUGACGCUUCUCUUGAUGAGAUACUGGAAGAACUGGACUACAACGAAGACAACGAGUUUCUGCAGCAAUAUCGCGAGCAAAGACUGCAACAAAUAGCCACAGAUAUGCGUAAGAUAAAGGGAAACGUCGAGUCUGAAAAUUACGGCCAGUUGACUACGGUGGAGAACGAAAAUGAGAUCAUGAGGCUUACAACGAAUACAGACCAGGUGGUUAUCCAUUUUGGACUCGAGAGCUUCCGUAAAUGUCGUGUAAUGGACUCCAAAUUAUCGCAGCUUGCGUCAAAACAUCUGUUGACAAAGUUUUUGCGCGUGAGUGUGGACAAAUGCCCAUUUUUGGUUUCCAAAUUACAAGUGCAGGUACUGCCGUUUGUUGUAGCGUACAAGAACGGAGUGGAGAGAACGAGAAUAGUCGGGUUUGCGCAGCUGGGCAAUCAGCCGGACGAUUUCGACGUGUCUGUACUGGAAAACGUGCUUUUUGGCGCCGGUGUGCUGGCCAAUAGAGCUGGAAGUCACAAGCUGAGAUUCGGCGAGACUGAGGACAACGGAUCGGAUCUAGACAUUUGA